GUGGCGCUGUACCGCCGUGAAUAAACGUGUGACGGCCGCUCGGCCAUGUUGAAGUGUGGAGGAACUGCAGCCCGCCAUUGUGUUUCUGAUCUGCAGCUGUAGCGAGAGAGAGAGAGAGAGAGAGAGAGAGAGAAAUAGAAAUAGAGAAAGAGAGAAAGAGAGAGAGACGGGUGUAAAGACUCUAAAAACACACUCAUUUCCCGUUGACUUUAACCCGCAAACAAACGCGCAGGCUCCGGGGAGAGAGAAAUGUCAGCCAGCAGCCUUCUGGAGCAGAGACCGAAAGGCCAAACAAACAAAGUGCAAAACGGAGCUGUUACCCAAAAGGAUACUUUGAACGAUGAUGAGUUCGAGCCUUACCUGAACGCUCAGCCCAGACAGAGUAAUGCCUAUACGGCCAUGUCUGACUCCUACAUGCCCAGUUACUACAGCCCCUCGAUAGGCUUUACCUAUUCACUGAAUGAAGCGGCAUGGUCUACAGGUGGUGAUCCCCCGAUGCCUUACCUGGCCUCUUAUGGACAGCUUAGCAAUGGGGAGCAUCACUUUCUACCAGAUGCCAUGUUCGGCCAGUCUGGGGCCCUGGGGAGCAACCCUUUCCUGGGACAGCACGGCUUCAACUUCUUCCCCAGUGGGAUUGACUUCCCUGCCUGGGGGAACAGCAGCUCUCAGGGACAGUCCACACAGAGCUCAGGUUACAGCAGCAGUUACGCCUAUGCUCCUAGCACGCUAGGAGGUGCUAUGAUCGACGGACAGUCUCCCUUUGCAGCCAACGAGCCGCUCAACAAGGCCGUGGGAAUGAAUAGUUUGGAUCAGGGCAUGGCGGGGCUGAAGAUUGGGGCUGGUGACAUGGCACCCAAAGUUGUUGGUUCUGGACUUCCUGGAGGGCCAUUAAGUCAGGUAUCUGCAGCUCCCACCAUGCCUCCUGCCUCCAUGGCUCCUGCUAAAACUGCGUCUUGGGCGGACAUUGCCAGCAAGCCGGCCAAACCGCAGCCAAAGCUGAAAACCAAGGGGGGACUUGGUGGGACGAAUCUGCCGCCGCCUCCGAUCAAACAUAACAUGGAUAUUGGGACUUGGGACAACAAAGGGACUAUGCCUAAACCAGUAGCCCCACAGCAGACUUCCCUGCCCACUAAUGGACAGCCGCCAAAUCAGUCGUCUCCUCAACCAGGUGCUACUGCCGGCGGGGUGCCGCAGCUGCCCCUCAGCAACGGACAGUUAAUGCCUCCCACUGGUCAACUCGGCCAGCACCCUCUUCCUCCAGGUUGCCAGCCUGGUGCUGUCCCACCUCCCCUCUCCCAGGGCCCUUCCGCUCCCCAACCCUCUCAGCCAACCCGCUGGGUGCCCCCGCGUAACCGUGCCAAUGGCUUUGGGGAUGCAGUGGGCGGACCUGGCCAAUCCCCUCCCAAUUCAGGAAUGGGUGGUGUGGCUGUGCCAUUAGAGCCCCACCCAGUUCUGGAGAAACUGCGCAUGGUGAACAACUACAAUCCCAAGGACUUUGACUGGAACCCAAAGCACGGUCGCGUCUUUAUCAUCAAGAGCUACUCUGAGGAUGACAUCCAUCGCUCCAUUAAGUACAAUAUCUGGUGCAGCACAGAACAUGGCAAUAAGCGUCUGGACGCUGCUUACCGUUCACUGGCCAACAAAGGGCCGCUCUACCUGCUCUUCAGCGUGAAUGGCAGCGGGCACUUCUGUGGUGUGGCCGAGAUGCGCUCACCUGUGGACUACAACACUUGUGCAGGCGUGUGGUCGCAGGACAAGUGGAAGGGUCGCUUCGAUGUUCGCUGGAUCUUUGUGAAGGACGUUCCAAACAGCCAACUCAGGCACAUUCGUCUGGAAAACAACGAGAAUAAGCCAGUGACCAACUCCCGUGACACACAGGAGGUACCGCUGGACAAGGCGCGUCAGGUUUUGAAGAUCAUCGCAAGUUACAAGCACACCACCUCCAUUUUUGACGACUUCUCACACUACGAGAAACGUCAGGAAGAGGAGGAGAGUGUAAAAAAGGUUGAGGUUCAGGGGAGUGACCCGUACUCCAGCAACUCCAGUCGGAGCCACUACAGAAUGCAGGAUCGCCAAGGACGUGUGAAGUAACAAGCACUGCUUUGGGCAAAAGACUGACAGGCCCUAUUUUUUCUCCACAGUCUUACAACCAGAUAUUUUCAGAAAUUAUUUUGGGGAAAGAUUUAACCAAGGAUUCAAAAA